AUGCAGGUCGACAUGCAGGAGCUGAGGGAGGUAAUCCGGACGAGCAGCUUGAAGAAGGGCUUCGUGAAGGAUGUGAAGAACAACUGUGAGAUUAAGAGCAUCCACUUUGGAAUAAUGAGUAAAGAAGAAAUAAUUAAAUAUUCGGAAGUAAAAAUUAUGAAUAGAGAAAUGUAUAAAAGUAAUAGUGGUAUUCCAUAUCCAUAUGGUGUUUUAGAUUUAAAAUUAGGUGCACAUAAAAGUAAUUCAGUAUGUGAAACAUGUAAUAGAAAAUUUAUUAACUGUUCAGGUCAUUUUGGACAUAUUGAAUUAAAUUAUCCAUUUUUUCAUAUAGGAUAUUAUAAGUAUAUUAUUCAUAUUCUAUAUUGUAUAUGUAAAACGUGUUCAAAUUUGUUAUUACCCUUAGAUAAGAUUGAAAUAUUUUCAGAAUUAAAAAGGAAAAAGACAGAUGACUCACUUUUUAAAAAACAUUUAUUUAAAAGAAUAUUAAAUGAAUGCAAAAAAAUAAAUAGAUGUUAUAAAUGUGGAAGUCCACAAGGAGUAAUUAAGAAGAUAAUAAAACCGAGUCUUGAUCAAUUUAUGAAAUUAAAACAUAUAUUAAAGGUUAAAGUAAAUGGUAAAAUGAUUAUAAAAGAGGAAGAUUUAAAUAGUUUAUAUGUGUUAAAAUUAUUUCGUAAUAUAAAUCCAUUUCAUGUAAAAUUAUUAAAUAUUGAGAAACCAGAAAAACUAAUCAUUACAGCACUUCUAGUACCUCCAAAUACUAUACGCCCUUCUGUAAUUAUAGAUGAACAUGGUACAGCAGAAGACGACUUAACAUGUAUAUUGUCCGAAAUAGCACAACUUAAUAAUACUAUUCAUAAUCAAUGUUUAAAUGGGUAUCAGACGAAUCAAUUUUUAGGAAAUAUUGAAUUUUUACAAUUACAGCUAACCAGAUUUAUCAACAGUGAUUCACCAGCUGUAUCACAGCUUUUAGCUACACAAAAUAUUUCAAAACCAGGAAGAGGUAUAUGUCAAAGACUCAAAGGAAAAGAAGGUAGAUUUAGAUGUAAUCUAUCGGGUAAGAGAGUAGAUUUUUCAAGUAGAACUGUUAUAUCUCCUGAUCCUAAUAUUUCUAUAGAUGAAGUUGUUAUACCAAAAAUUAUUGCUAUGAGACUCACCUAUCCAGAAAUUGUAAAUAAAUACAAUAUGGAAAAAUUAAAAAUGCUCAUUAGAAAUGGGGCAAACAUGUGGCCUGGUGCUAACUAUAUCAUAAAGAGGAAACAGAAAAGUGCGGAUUAUGUUGAGAAUACUAGCUUUGGUCUUAGAGCAAUGAGCAACGGGGGUAUGGCCGGUAGCGGCAGUACCCCGGCAAUUCUGGACGCCCUAAAAAGGUACAUCAACAGGAGCGGUAUUGUUAACGGAAGUGCUGGUACCAAUGAUAAUGCCUGCCCAAGCAUCAGCGCAAGUAAAAUAAGCCUGAAGUACGCGAAUAAAAGGUACGUAAUAGAUAACCUGAGCAUAGGGGAUAUAGUGGAAAGGCAUAUAUGCAACGGUGAUAUCGUUUUGUUCAACAGGCAACCGUCUCUACACCGCAUGUCAAUCAUGUGCCAUAAGGCAAAAGUAAUGGAUUACAAAACUUUUCGUUUCAAUGAAUGUGUGUGUUCACCAUAUAAUGCAGAUUUUGAUGGAGAUGAAAUGAAUUUACAUGUACCACAAACAGAAGAAGCAAGAGCAGAAGCAUUAUAUCUAAUGAAUGUGAAACAUAAUUUAAUAACACCAAAAAAUGGAGAAGUAAUAAUAGCAUUAACACAAGAUUUUUUAUCUGCAUCUUAUAUUAUUACUAAUAAGGAUACAUUUAUUGAUAGAGAUACUUUUUGUUUAUUAUGCUGUUAUUUCUCCGAUGGAAAAGUUCAUAUAGAAUUACCUGUACCGGCAAUAUUAAAACCUAAGGAAUUAUGGACAGGUAAGCAAUUAAUUAGUGUUUUAAUUAAACCUAAUAGAAAAGAAAAUACUAUAAUAAAUUUUGAAUUAAAAGAAAGAGAAUAUUCAUCUAAAAAUGGAGAUUUAAAAUAUUUAUGCUUAAAUGAUUCAUAUGUUUGUUUUUAUAAAUCUGAACUAGUUUGUGGUUCGCUUGGGAAAAAAGUAUUAGGGUCAUCAAAAUAUGGUCUAUUCUAUUAUUUAAUUCAUCAUAAUUCAUCGCAUGUUGCGGUAAAAAUUAUGAACAGAUUUUCUAAACUAACUAGUAGAUACUUUUCAAAUAAAGGUAUGACCAUUGGAAUAGAUGAUGUUACUCCAUCCACUACAUUAACAGAAAAGAAAAAAGAUUUAUUACUUAAAGGUUAUGAUAUGGUUAAUAAAGAAAUUAUAUCCUAUAAUGAAAAGAAAAUGCAAAUACAACCAGGAUGUACUUUACAAGAAACGUUAGAAAUUAAGGUAAAAAAUAUAUUAGAUGAUUUAAGAAAUGAUGCAGGAAAAACAUGUAAUCAGUAUUUACAUCAUUUAAAUAAACCACUAAUUAUGUUCAACUCUGGAGCUAAGGGAGCUCUAAUUAAUAUUGCACAAAUGAUAGCGUGUGUUGGACAACAAAAUGUAGCUGGUCAAAGAAUACAAAAUGGAUUUAUUAAUAGAACAUUACCCCAUUUUCAUUUUCAUUGUAAAGAUUCUGAAAGUAGAGGAUUUGUUCAAAAUUCUUUCUAUACUGGACUCAAUCCAACCGAAUUCUUUUUUCAUACCAUGUCUGGUAGAGAAGGAUUAGUCGACACUGCUGUGAAGACUGCCGAAACUGGGUACAUGCAAAGAAGAUUAAUGAAAGCUUUAGAAGAUCUUUCAAUCCAUUAUGACUACUCUGUUAGAUCCUGUGAUAAACAGAUAAUACAGUUUAUCUAUGGAGAUGAUGCGCUGAAUCCCUCCUUUGUCGAUAACAAUAAUACGUACGCGGAUCAGUUUGACAAAAUUUUCCACCAUAUCAUUUCCAUAUCCUCAAGCCACAAGCUUCUCUCCUUUAAGGGAAGCUUGCACAGCGCUCAGAUGAUCGGCCAGGGAAAAAUGGGCAUUAUUAGCAUCCCCUAUCAAACGCCGAAGCAGACGCAACAGAUUGAGGGGGAGAAUCAAGCGGCUCUGGAAAGCCCGAACAGUAGUAGAUGUAGUGGUAGUAGUAGUGGUAGUAGUAGUAGUAGUUGUUGUUGUAGCCGCAGCACUAGUGGAGCACCCCCCACGUGCAGAAUAGUGGGUGCAGACAGAGGUGGAGGAAACCAAGUGGAGAACACUUCGGAUAACCAACCGGAUGAAUGCGCACCGUUCUCGUUUAUCCUGCGCGAAAUAAUGAAAAGACUUUCUUUAAAAAUAAUUGGACAAAGUGAUACAAUUAUACCGUUACAGCACGACAAGUACAUGACUAAAAAAAUAAUGGAUGAAUAUGAUAGACGUGAACAAUGCGAUAAGUGUGCAUUGAGGGAAGGAGAAGAACAUGAGGAAGAUAAGGAGGAGGUGAAGGUACCCCAGAAGGAGGGUAACUAUGACGAAUUUAUGUCCGUACAUCCAACAAGUACAAAAAUAAAUGACAAAGUGGGAACAGAAUCAAGUGGAGAAGAUAAAGAGGGAGAAAAGAAGUCACUAUUAAGAGGCGCUCAAGGAGAGAAGAAGAGUAAAAUUAAGCAAAAUAAAAUGAACGUUUUGGAUAGUCCUUCCAAUAAAACCAGCUUAGAUCAUUUGUUGGGAGAUCAAACAAACUGUAGGGGGUUAAGAAAGGACAGUAGUAGUAAAUUCCAGUUAAAACAAAAUGAAGCCGAUUUUUUCCCAUUUUUAGAAAGUAAAAACACAGACGAGGAAAUGGAAAGUGAGGAUGAGAAUAAUGGAAGGAUAGAUAAAAUAAAACGAUAUGAAGAUUUAAAAUGUAGUUGUUACUUACAUAGGAGUGAAAAAGAAAACAAGUGGUACAACAUGAACAGUAUCCUACCUCCACGGAGAUACGAACACAUUGGAUUUUUUGUAAAUGAAUACAGAAAUAUUAUUGAAAUAAAAAAACUAGUUGACCAGAAAAAAUUAAUUUUAACUGAUUAUGAAAAAAGAUAUAUAGAUAGCAAAUACAAUAAGAUGAGUAAAAACAUUAGGAGGAAAAUUGAAAUUGUUAAUAAUAUUUAUAAAAGUGAAAAAGAAAAAAUAGAUAUAAUAAAAGAAAAGUUGAACGAUGGCAAUUACUACUGUUCUUCGUCUUUGUCUUCGUCUUCAUCUUCUUUAGACGAAUCGGACUUCCUAAAGAAGCUUAUAAAAAUGAACGCGAAGGAGAAUAAGGAGGGUCUGGACAAUGACUUGUCGUUUGAUGAUACUACGAAUGAGAACUGCAACGAUGGGUAUAGUGCUCCCCCAAUCAAGUGCAAAAAGGAGAGCUCACAUGGUAGGAGUGAUGGAAGCGGGAGUAGAAGCGGAAGCAGCUGUAGCAGUAGUGGUCGUCAAAACUACGUUAGUCUGGACCCCCCAGUUGGCAUUAUACAUACGAGAAAUAGUCAUCUUGAUGAGGGAUGUAAAGAAAGCAAGCAUUCGUUAGGGGGAAACACGUUUCUUGACUGUAAUCAUUUGAGGAGAAGGCGUAAUAAUAAUAGUAAUAACCACUGCUAUAAAGAUAUAGUAAAGGAUGUUAGUGAAAACGAGAUUUUAUAUGAAAAUAAAUACUAUAAACAGAUGAUAAAGAAUAUAAUAGCAUUUGUAAGUGUAUUUGAGCAUGUAGAAAAUUUGAAACAGCAUUUUAUUUUAUUCCCGUACGAAAUAGUAAAAUGGACAGAAUUCUUAAUAAACUAUUUAACAGAAAUUGUUCCGUCAAAUAUUUUUAUUCAUACACAUAUAUCUAAAGAAGAGAAGCCAACGCAUCAAAAAAAUACUCGAAAUAUGAAAAUAUACAUUGAAGAAAUAAAAAAAUGGCUUUUUGUAAAAGCUAUCAAUAUUUAUAAAUACCUCAAAUAUAAAAAAGGGUUUGCAUUAAUAAGAUUUAAGGAUUAUUAUGAUUUCUUAAAUAAUACAUAUGACAUAUCCUACCGUUACAUGAUCUAUGAUUACUCUUUUAUAAAUUUAAAGCAGUUGUAUCUCUUUGUCUUUUUCAAUAUAUAUAAAUACUUCAAGUACAUAUCUGCACCAGGUGAUGCAGUGGGCUCUAUUUCCGCCCAGUCCAUAGGAGAGCCAGGCACACAGAUGACCCUCAAAACGUUUCACUUUGCCGGUGUGGCUAGCAUGAACGUAACCCUAGGAGUUCCACGAAUUAAGGAAAUAAUCAACGCGUCGAGUAUCAUCCAGACACCUAUAUUGAAUAUUCCCUUAGAAGUAAAGGACAAUUACAAUUUCGCUUUAAUGAUAAAAUCAAAAUUAGAAAAGACAACAAUAAGAGAUGUAUGUGAAUAUAUCAAGGAAGAUUAUACUAGUAGAGGUAUAUUUCUGUGCAUUAAAUUUAAUAAAGAAUUAAUGCAAAAACUUUUUUUAAAUAUUACAUCUUACAAUAUUAGAGAUAUUAUACUAAAACAAAGUCAUAUUAACAAAAUUAAAAUUAAUAAAAUAUGUAUAGAAGCUGUCAACAAAUUUAAAUUACACAUAUCACUCAAAAAUGAUGAUUUUCUCUUCUUCCAAUUGGAAUCAUUGAAAAGGGGAUUACUAGACCUGUUAAUUUAUGGAAAUAAAGAUAUUAAGAGGUGCAUUAUAAAGAAAGAGGAAGUGGAAGUAACCGACAGUGAAGUGGCCAGUAGCACAGGGAGUGAUGCGGAAAGGAACAAGUGGAAUGACGCAAAUAAGAAUAACGAUACACACAACAAAGCAAUUGACGAUAAUAUGAAGAGAGACAGAUGUACAGCUGGGAUGGAAGAGAAUGACGUAAGUACUUACAUAAAGAAAGAACCAGGAUUAGAACUCAAAUCCGGAUCAGAUGCACACGAUAAACAGAUUGAUAGAAAAGGAGACAUUGAAAAUGCGCAAAAUGCGAAAGAAAUGGUAAAACUAGAAAACAUUAUGGAAAAUUUUAGCACCAAAAUAAUGCAAAGCAAUAUAAAAAGAGAAAUGCAAAAACAAAAGAAAAAAAAGAAAGAAAAGAAAGAUAACAAAGUAAACCUAGACAGUAUUAACAUAGACUCCUUGAAUUUUGAUGAAAUUGAGAUUAACGAUAUAAGAAAUGAUAAAAUUGAGUUAUAUGACGAAGAUUCUGAUAAACAUAUAGAAAUAUGUGCAGAUGAAAAUGGAGGGGUCCUAGGCAUAGAAGCAGCCAGAGUGACUAUCAUAAAUGAAAUAAAAAAAUGCGUUGAGGCAUACAGCAUAGACAUUGACAUUCGACACAUAAUGCUCUUAGCGGAUAUAAUGGCGUUCACGGGGGAUAUUCUAGGUAUAAACCGGUUCGGCAUACAGAAGGCUCGACAGAGCACAUUAAUGCUUGCAUCAUUUGAAGAAACCAAUGAGCAUUUAUUCGUUUCGUCUUUCUUUAAAAAUAUUGAUGAAAUUAAUAACAUCAGUGAGAGUAUAAUAGUUGGAAAAAAUAUACCCAUCGGAACAGGAUCCUUUCAACUCCUUUACAACUACAAAUUGUUAGUAUCCUAUAAAUGUAGCGUUGUUUCAACCAAUAAGGAACGGAAAAACCUUACUCUACUUGAACGGGCUGCAAGAGAAACAAGAUAG